CGAAGUGAAGAAUCUGUCUCACUCAGCCCAACAGCCCUGCCCUUGGUGCCCAACGCUCGAAACCUCCCAAUUUUUUGCCAUCGCGUAGAGGACUCUCCAGCCAUAGCCACCAGCUGCAUGCAUUGAGCCCCUGACGCACGUCUUCAGCCGCAACGCCUUCAACUAGUGGUUCAACUGGACAACGAGAAGGAACAGCUUUGGUCGAUUCAGCUCUGUUUCAACCCUCGCUGUAGCUGCGUCGCACACCCGAAUCGCUGCACACCGUCCGUUUUGUCAUCGUUGUUCGAUUCAGCUUGACAAGGAGCAGCUCUGUUCUUCGAUUUCAUCUUCUGCUUCGUUUCAGCUGCGUGUCGCCCUUGUUCGAUUGCAUCUGCUGCUUCAUUCUGCUUCGUUUCUUCCUCAGUCGGCUGCUUUGGUUGCGGUAGAGGUCAAUGAAGCAAUCCAAGGAUCCAUUUGAAGCAGCUUAUGAGGAGCAAGAGGAAACACCACCUGAUUCGCCCGUUGGCCCUGAUGAGUUGGACACUCAAGGUCCUGUUGCUUCUCAGGACCCUGCUGUUGUGCCAGAAGAUGAUGACGUUGGAAGCUCCGGUGUCCAUCCUGCUGACCCAUCCACUUCUGCUCCUAUGUUGGCUGCUGCUAGAAGCAAGCCCAAAAACAAAGAAGAUGAUGAGGACGAAGAGGAGGAUAAUAUGGAGGUUGAGCUUUCGAAGUUCCCAUCUAGUGCUGACCCUGAUAAAAUGGCCAAGAUGCAGUCUAUCUUAUCACAAUUUACUGAAGAUCAGAUGAGCAGGUAUGAAUCGUUCCGUAGAUCUGCUCUUCAGAAGGCCAACAUGAGAAGGUUGUUGGUAAGCAUCACAGGAUCCCAAAAAAUUUCUUUACCAAUGACAAUUGUUGUCUGUGGAAUAGCGAAAAUGUUUGUUGGUGAACUUAUUGAAACAGUCUUUCUACCCUUGAAAAGCACUCGGACAAGAAAAAACGAAAGCAUCUUAAGCAUGGGUCUGAGAACCAUAAAUGGAGAAGAGAGAAACAAAAGGACAAAAGGGUGCCAAGGAGUACUGGGUCAUUACUUUUUGGAUUGAUUGAGAAGGAGAAGAAUUAAUGAGGAAAGAAGGAAAAAAAUGAAGAAAAUAUUUCUUUUUCAAAAUAAGGGAAGGCAGAGAAUCGGAAGAAAAGGAAAUUUGAAAGUGGAGAAGAAUAGAGAAGGAUGUGAGUUUGUGACACAGAGAUGGAUGCAAGAAAAGAGCUCAUAAAAAAUUGAGACGCCAGGACUAUUGAUUAUAGCAUCUUGUGCCAAAGACACAUCUAACUACUCUGCCAUAUAAAUCUAGCACCUUGCAGUUUUUUCCUUCUUAAAAAAACUCCUACGAAAAUGCAUGUGAAAAUAUCGAUAUCAUGCAGGGUUUAGGCUGGUUGAAAAUGUUUGUAUGAAAAUUUAAAUAGCUCAAUCAUCCUGUAUUUUUAUUUUUAUAUUUUU